CGUGCAUGUUCCGCAAUUCAAUGACGCGCUGUGUACGUAGUUGGAAAGCAUCCAUUUCAAGUUUCAGUUCCUGUUAGAAAUUUAUACACGUUAUUUAGACAUUUCUAAUUAUGGCGGAUGUUUUGGAUAUCGAUAAUGCUGAAGAGUUUGAGGUCGAUGACGAAGGAGAUCAGGGUAUUGCUCGUCUCAAAGAAAAAGCAAAAAGAAGGAAAGGUAGAGGCCAUGGUGCAGAAUUAGUGUCAACAAAGGAUGAUGUUGGUCAUUAUGAAUCUAUGAGUAUUGUUGAAGAAGAUGAUAAUGAACCUGGUCCUCAGAGAUCUGUGGAAGGAUGGAUCUUAUUUAUAAAUUCAGUACAUGAAGAAGCACAAGAAGAUGAUAUUCAAGACAAAUUUUCUGAAUUUGGCCAGAUAAAAAAUUUACAUUUAAAUUUAGAUAGAAGAACAGGCUUUUUGAAAGGUUAUGCAUUAGUAGAAUAUGAAACAUUUAAAGAAGCACAAGCUGCAAAAGAAGCAUUAAAUGGUACAGAAAUUUUAGGUCAAGCUAUAUCUGUUGAUUGGUGUUUUGUCAAAGGACCAAAAAAAAUCAGAAAGAGAAAUCACAGAAGGCGAUAGAAUCAUUCACGAAGUAUAAUAAUCUUAUUAUGUAUAAUAAUUUCAAGUUACACAAUUUUAACUCAUUUUACUUGAAAAUUUUGAUUACUUUAUAAGUUCUACAAAAAUUUAUAUUUAAACAAAUAUAUCAAAGUGUAAUGUUUAAGUAAACUGUAAAUCUCUCUUCACUUCUCACAUAUGUAUGAAAAACAAAUUUCUAGUGCUAUAAGUAAAUAAAUAAUUUUUAGAACUAUUAAACUUUUGUAUUAAUUUAUGUAUCUUUUA